CACCAUUUUAUACCAUACGAUCUCAUGCCGUAAAAAAAACACAACAGACAAUUUGAAUUCCAACAGAUGAAAGCGUCCUCGAUCGCGCGUGAGUAAACAGUCAAAAAAUAUAAAAAAAAUACACAACGUUCGAAUUUUGUGAUUAAUUUAUUUAAAACAACAACAAACAUUCCAAUUGCCGCUGUGAAAAUGUCCAACGUUUCUGCAAAGAAAGUCUUCAUCAAAAUUGAAUCGGCGGCCGAACAACAAGAACAUCUCAACAAACAACGUAAAACCCUUAAAGUCUUGCAGGGGGUAGCCACCGAUAAGGAGAACUUGACGGGACGUCCACAAUUAGACAAACUGAGUCGCCUCAAAGCAGCCUCCGAGACCAGCACAUUGUCUGCCAGCACAGACCAUGCCAAGCGUAAAAAGAUUGAGACACGGGCUGCAGAGACUCAAACAAGUCCCAGCAAAGAGGCAUCCACAAGCCAACAAAAGAAAAUUACCGCUGAAGAUCUAACUGGUGAAGCAAAGCCCAGUGAGCAUUAUUGGGAACGUUUGGCCGAGAAGCGGCGCGAGGCUCUAGAACAAAGCUUGGACGAAAAUCAACGUCUAUAUGAGCGCAUUGAAGGUCUGGAAGAUGAACUUAAUACCUCACGAAAGCAGUUGGAAGAGGCACAUCAUUUGGUAGCGGUGCUCACAGAAAUGUUAAACGAACCUGAAGGUGAAGCAGACACUGAUGAAAAAGAAGAGGAAGAAAUAGAACACGAAGAAGAAAAACAAGCUGAAGAAUCUACAGACGAUGACAAUUCGGAUGAUAAUGCAAGUGAGGAAGAGGAGGAGGCAACACCCACCAAGAAGGACUAGUGCAUAUAUGUAUAGCCAAUCUAAUAAAACUUACACAAACAUCGCUCUAUAAACAGAAAAGACUUAUCUAGAGGUGAGUGGGAAGUGCACAAAGAUUUCGGACAACUUCUUCACCAUCCCACUUUAUUCCUUAAAAAAAAUUUCCUUAAUGCUUAGUUGAGUUUUUUAUUAUUACGAUUACGAUCUUUGAUUUAGAUUUAACAACUUUGUAUGUAUGUUUUAAGCGAUCACAACUGAAACUGCUGGCUGAUCUUGAUAUUGUUGACUUGACAAUUUUUGUUUUAAAAAAAAUAUUGAAUUUCAGUUUGUAAUCGAUUUAUCUUCUUAGUAUUGAUGUUCGAAUUCCGAUCCUUGUCUGUAUCAUCAUACGAUUGUUACAUAUUCAUAAAUCAUUUUCACACUUAGCUUUAGAAUGUAUUCCUCCUCUCGAUAUGCUUUAGACAAUCACGUUUUAUUUAUAACUUUUGAAUCAAUAAACUGUUAAACUUGAAAAAGA